GGACGCGUACUGUCUAGAGUGGGGGCUUCUGCUUUUGCAGCUGGUCUGCUGUGUGUGUGCUGCUGGGCCGGGCAACUUGUACUGUGCAGCUGACGCGUGGCUGCACACCCUGCCUGGUGACCCGAUCUCAGCGAGCUCGCCCGGCUCUGGUCACAGUGCUGACUCCGAGACAACAAACCAAUCAUGACAACAGAAACGGGUUCUGAUUCAGAAUCCAAGCAGGAUCAGGAGAAAGACAAGAAGGGCACAGGUGUAACAGAACCAGGACAGCAGCCUGAUGAAGAUCAUCAGAACGCAGUAGAACAUUUCCCAGCUGCUGCUGCUCACAGUACGCCCCUGAAAAGUGAAAAGAACUCGGACAAAGACUGGGAUAAAGAGGCUGCUGCUGCAAAACAACUUGAGUAUCAACAACUUGAAGACGACAAAGUCUCUCAGAAAUCAGUUUCUAGCAAACUUUCAAAGUCUCCUUUGAAAUCUACCAAAAGGCCCAAAAACAUGCAGGCUAAAGUCAUACUUCUUGAUGGCUCUGAAUAUUCAUGUGAUGUAGAGAAACGGUCCCGAGGUCACGUCCUCUUUGAUAAAGUGUGUGAACAUUUAAACCUACUGGAAAAAGAUUAUUUUGGCCUAGUUUACAGAGACUCUGAAAAUCAAAAGAACUGGUUGGACCCUGCUAAAGAAAUCAAGAAACAAACACGAAAUGGUUUUUGGCAGUUUUCUUUUAAUGUAAAAUUCUAUCCGCCUGAUCCUUCUCAACUUUCAGAAGAUAUAACCAGGUAUUAUCUCUGCUUGCAGCUGCGGGAUGACAUUGUUUCUGGCCGUCUCCCUUGUUCCUUUGUUACCCUUGCUCUCCUGGGAUCUUAUACUGUGCAGUCAGAACUUGGUGACUAUGAGCCUGAGGAGUAUGGUAGUGACUAUGUUAGUGAAUUUCGCUUUGCACCAAACCAGACAAAAGAAUUGGAAGACAAAGUAGUUGAGCUGCACAAAAGUUACAGAGGGAUGACUCCUGCUGAAGCUGAAAUGCACUUCUUGGAAAAUGCCAAAAAAUUGUCAAUGUAUGGAGUGGAUCUACAUCAUGCUAAGGAUUCUGAAGGCGUUGAAAUUAUGCUGGGUGUUUGUGCCAGUGGACUCUUAAUAUACCGUGAUCGGCUACGGAUUAAUCGGUUCGCCUGGCCGAAGGUUCUAAAAAUUUCAUAUAAGAGGAAUAAUUUUUACAUCAAGAUCCGCCCUGGCGAGUUUGAACAGUUUGAAAGCACUAUUGGGUUUAAGUUGCCAAACCACAGGGCUGCAAAACGUUUAUGGAAAGUGUGUGUUGAACAUCAUACUUUCUUUAGGUUACUGCUGCCAGAGGCACCUCCCAAAAAAUUCCUCACCUUAGGAUCCAAGUUCCGCUACAGUGGGAGGACUCAAGCGCAGACGAGAAGAGCAAGUGCUCUAAUCGAUCGACCGGCACCCUAUUUUGAACGUUCUUCAAGCAAGCGCUACACAAUGUCCCGAAGCUUAGAUGGGGCAUCAGUGAAUGAAAACCAUGACUUGUACAUGAAGGAUUCUGUGUCUGCCACAGAGGUGGGCAUCGGCCCAUACAUCACAGCAAAGGGUAUCUCUCUAACCAACUUGAUCACAACGGUAACUCCUGAGAAAAAGGUUGAGGAAGAGAAAGAUGAGGAGGAAGAAAAGCGCAAGAAAGUAGAAGUAAUCACUACUGUUACUACAUUACGCCAUGAUACUAAGCCAUCUUGUUUUGCAACUGACUCAUUUCAUUCCCCUCCAUCCCCACGUUCUAGCCCCUCUGCAUCUUCAAUACGUUUGCGUAGGAGAUGUAAGGAGAACGCUCGUAUAUCAUUGGGAUGUGAGCCAGUUGCAGACAUGGUUCAGAUGUCCAAUGAGCCUGAGUGGGACUCUGAGCAAAAAGGGAGGUUAUACCCUGAUGAAGACGAGAUAGCUAUGAGCUAUAAGCAGCAAGCUGGCAGAGGCGGGACGCUGUUUUCCUUCUCCUUGCAUCUUCCAGACUCAUUUCCCUCUCUCUUGGAUGACGACGGUUAUCUUUCCUUCCCUAACAUUUCUGAAGCCAAUUUCCUGCCUGAAAAUUUGCAACAUUACCUUCCAAUCCAGUCACCUUCCCUCGUUCCAUGCUUCCUUUUCAUCUUUUUCUUUCUGCUCUCUGCCUCUUUCUCUGUGCCAUAUGCCCUCACGCUCUCCUUUCCUUUGGCUAUGUGCCUCUGCUACCUGGAGCCCAAGGCGGUCUCCUUGAGUGCCUCAGUUGACAAUGACCUGAGUGACAGUUCAGAUGAUGAGACUGACAGUGAACAGACGGAUACAGCAGCUGAUGGUGAAACUACUGCCACUGAGUCGGAUCAAGAAGAAGAUGCAGAUGCAAAAACUCAGAAUAGUCUCAUUAAGCGAAUAAAGGGUGAAAAUGUAUAUGUCAAACAUAGUAAUCUAAUGUUAGAGGAGUUUGAUAGGAAUCAAGAAGAUAUGAUGAAACAUCAGACUAAUAUUAGUGAGCUGAAAAGAACAUUUUUGGAAACUUCAGCAGACACCGCAGCUGCCAGUGAGUGGGAGAAACGGCUCUCUUCCUCUCCAGUCCGACUUGCGGUGAGACAAGAAGAAUCUCCUAUGAUUGAACCACUUGUGCCUGAAGAGACCAAAGAAGAAAGAGAAAAAGCAGAAAGACGUGCUUCUUUGGAAAGGACAAGCUAUUCUAUGUUAGAAUCUCAGCCAGGGGACAUAGUGAAGAAACUUCAGGAAGCAAGAGCCACCAGCCCUGUGGUUACUUCUCAUCAAAUCAUUAUGCAGAAAACUAUCCCAUCAUCCCCAGAGGGCACUGAGGAUUGGGUUAUUAUAGACAAAGUACCCACUAAGGUAGUUGAUGGAGAAACAAAAAGCGUUAUCACUUACAAGGUGACAACUGUGAGCAGUGACAAACCAGCUGGAACAUUUAAAACCAGUCCUAGUGCAACUCCGAGUCUGGAUGCCUUGAAAAUGGAAAUGAAAGCAAGAGAGGAGGAAAGCAGACAGAAAAUGUAUACAUUAGGAAAGUCUUACGAUGCUGUGUCUGGCAGAAUUGUAACUAUGACAAGUAAAGGUAAAGAAGGUGAAAAAGUAUCACUGCCCUCGUCUAUUGAAGAGAGUCAAAAGCUGCAAAAGGACAUUUCUGAUUCUGUGAAAGUAACUGCAGUUGCAGGAGAGUAUGAGAUCCUAGAACGCAUUAGCGAUGAUACGGAAAGGAAAACCCCAGAGGGACCAACCAUAAAUCGAAGAGUGUCAGAGUCACUGGCGACUAUUAAAGAGUCUGACUCUCAGCUGGCAAGUCCCAUAGAAGAGGGUGUGAAAAAGGUCCAGGAUGUAGACAUGGGAGUGAAGUUGAUUGAAGGUGUGAUCACUGAGAAGAGUACAGGAUAUGCAGAUUAUGACAUCAUUAAAACAGAAGAUCCAGGUUGGAAAGAUAAGAAGCUAUCUGAAUGGCGAUACACAAGAGAUCAACCAUUUACAAUAGCUACUGCUCACUAUGUCACUGAAUCGUCUGCAUCAAAAGUGGUGACCAAACAAUCCUCUGGUGACAAACUCAUGGAUGGUUCUGAUAUCUACAGUUUAUUAGCAUCUACAAGAAAGCCAUCUGAGUUCAUAGAAGGGGUUACAGCUACUUCAGAAAACUGGGCUCAGAAAAUUGAGACAAAAACAGAAUGGGAGUCGAGUGGCACAAGAACUGUACUAGAGGACAAAGAGCAGGCAACAAAAGAGAAGGUUGUGCAGGGGAUAAUCAGUUUGGAGGAGAUGGGGAAUAUGCAUGCCAGCACGCAUGCCGCUCACCUUGCUGCAGAGCAUUUAGAUGGUACAGCUCAGGCAAACACAAUCAUUGCUUCUGGCUUGAGAGGGAGUGAGGGUGCUGCACUAACAGAGGAAACAGUUAAAGAGGAAGAUGGGGCUUUUGAUGUUACUGCAGCUAGUUUUGCUCAGGAGGAUCAGCAUGGCACAAAGACUUAUGACUCAGAGUUAUUGGAUGGCAAGCCUCAUGAGGAGUCACCCCUUGUGAAAACGGAGAUCAUCACUUUUGGUACUAUUGCAGAAGGAGAGAAGCCUGAUAUUGCUACCAAGGAUGUACCUGUAAUACAUACAGAAACAAAAACCAUUACAUAUGAAUCAUCAGAGAUGGUGUCCCGCCCUGACACAGAUCCUGGUGUAUUAAUGAGCGCUCAAACAAUUACUUCAGAAACUCUUGGCACUACAACUACUACACACAUUACCAAAACUGUGAAAGGAGGCAUUUCAGAGACCAGAAUUGAAAAGCGAAUAGUGAUUACUGGGGAUGCUGACAUUGACCACGAUCAGGCGCUGGCUCAGGCAAUUAAAGAGGCCAAAGAGCAGCACCCUGACAUGUCAGUGACCAAAGUAGUGGUACAUAAAGAGACAGAGAUCACACCUGAAGAUGGGGAGGACUGACCACAGGAAUAAUGUAGCUUGAAAACAAGCUCAGUCAUGUACACCAUUAGGAAUACAAGCACCUCUGCGGACCGACAGAUAGAACCUGGCUGACUUCUGUCUGGGGAAAAUUACAGUCCUGAGGGAUUUAGCUUGACUAUUUAUAAAGACAUCGACAGACAUAUCUUCCCAUUAAAAGCAAUGCCGUUCAGCAUAAUUAAAUCAGUAUUGCAUGAAGCAAAUAUAAAAAGGCAGCAUUUUUUAUUUUACAUGUCAUAAGUUACCAGUUAUAUCUGCACGUACACAAACCACAAUAUUACAAUACGAGAACUUAAUGUAUUACAUAAACAGUCCAUGCCUUCUUCUGAACAAAGUGUAAUUUGUUAGGUGAUAAGCCUUUGUUUACAAAUGAAAUGAUAAUUACCAUAAAAUACUAGACGUAGCAUAGGUACUGAGUAUUUUGUUCUAAGACACCUUACACGUGCCAAUAACACACUUAAUUUUGAGUACACAACUUGAAUAUUGCAUUUGUUUUCCCCAGUUUUAUUACAAUGACCCAAUUAAAACAGAAUCCCUUAAACUUGUGAGACUAAAUGCUGAUGAAGUGUACUUUGUAUAUCCCAUUUAAUGACACAUGGGAUAAUGAAUAUUUUAGUAUUUUAACUUGAAAUCAAUAUUUUUUUUAUGUUGUUAAGUUGAACCCGUCUGACUGAAAAUCAGCAUUGGCAAUCUUAGAUAUGUACAUUACGUGUAUUUCCUCGAAAGAACAUGUGUACGCCCUUAGUUUUAAUAUGUGACUCUUUGGCAUCACACUGUUCUGUUAUGUUGGUUUUUUGUAUUGUUGAAUUUCUUUACAUUGUCGGUGACAAAUGUCUCAUUUUAGAAUCUACUCUGCAUCUAAUAUCUAGUUGAAAGCUAAGCCUUAACCUGUACAGAAACCCCACCUUAUAUAUAUUGUCCGAAUCCUGCAAAUAAUUCCAUUACACUGUCUGCUGCAUCACACACAUGGCGAAUGUUUGUUUCUGCAUAGUGAAGUUCAAAUGUAUUGACCUUGUUGGGAAAACAGUAUAAUAUGCUUUUCUAGUCUGCACCAGCCAUGGUUUCCAGUCAAAACAAAUCAGAAUAUAAAAUAGGAAAUCUCUUGGACAUCUAGUAAAAUGAGUUUUGCAGAUAAUCAGAUUAAAUGAAGGAGUUUUUAUCUUGCUUUUGUUUGUUGACCUUAUGAUUGCAUCUAAGCCCUCACUAUUUCUUUUUUGCCAAUAAAUGCUGUACAUCACACCUUA